AUGCGCGCCGGCAAGGAGUAUGACUUCUGGAGCCUCCGAGCCGACUGCACCCAGGACGGCGGCCGGCGCCCUCCGCUGCUGCCGUCUGCGUUCGCGGCGGAGCUUGAGAAGAAGAGCUUCACCAACGGCAAGGACGACAAGCCGCUGGUGAAGCGGCUGUACGAGGCCGCCUUCGAGGAGCAGUUUGGCAAGGCGACCGAGCUGAUCUACUACGACCUCGGCUGGGGCGACGCGGAGGCGGCGCAGCUGGCGGAGGUCCUCGCGAGCGGGGCAGCGCCGCGGCUCGAGGAGCUCAUUCUCGACGACAACAAGAUUGGCGACGAGGGCUGCAAGGCGCUGGCCGCCGCCCUCGGCAAGGAGGGGGCAGCGCCGCGGCUCGAGACGCUCAGUCUCCGCUUCAACCAGAUUGGCGACGAGGGCUGCAAGGCGCUGGCCGCCGCCCU